CCACGUUGUCCCUUUACAUGUUGUCCAAAUCCAAAGAAAUCUGCGGGUGAGCAGCUAAUAUAGAUAGGUAUGUCCGGUAUGUCCCAGGGUUUCUUUUCUGCGCCAAUGGUUUGGUCCAACAUCCCUGGCUGUUUGUGGCUGUUCGGUGCUAAGCAUGCAAUGAACGGCGAUGUGAAAUCACACAAAUCAUUCGAGUGAACCUGGGCAGAACAAGUCAUUCUCUAUGGUAGACAGGACUCAUCACAUUUGGUACUUUCAUGAUGUUUCAUGUACUUCAUAUUUUAAAUUGUUCAAUGACUUUGGCAGCCAUUCUUUGGCAUCGGAUCGGUGUCUUUUUCUUGCGCAGCAUAGUCUCGUAUAUUUGAUGUCUGACAUUGGUGUGGUGCAACUCCUGAGGAUGAUCCACCUGGAUUGUGCGCAUUGGCUCGCCAUCAGGCGCCCAAAUGCGCCCAAGCUGCGGCCGUUGACCAAAAAGUGGCCAAAGACGCCACCCCCACAGGAGCCGCUCACAACAGCGACUGCUGCGUUGGCUAGAGACUCGCACCCUGCAGCACCCUGCAGCACCCUGCAGCACCCUGCAGGUUGUGCCGUGCUUGCAAAAGUGAGAUUGUUGAAUGGGCUGCCUAUCUUUGUGGGAUCAAGACUGCAGAAGCGGUGGUGCAGUAUUUGGGUGAGACCAUCCGCCUGGAUUGUGCGCAUUGCCUCGCGAUCAGGAUACUUGGAACCCAGUGGCAAUUUGCGAAGCCAAUGUGAGUCGGCCAAGCUGCGGCCCAAUGAGUGGCCAAAGACGUCUGCUUUUCCUUCCCGGAAAAGCAACCUGGAGCUGGCUACAAUAGCCAUUGCAGCGUUGGCCGGAGGCUUCUUCUACCAGCGACAGAAAAACAGCAGCGAUGCAGAAGCGGUGGUGCAGUAUUUGGGUGAGAGCACGUUUAUUGGACAGCAGGGCACCUUGGCUGCUGGUUUCGGUGCUUGGCGGUCCCUUAACCAAGCAGCUGAGUUCAAGCACCUAAUUGAGGGUAGCCACCCUGUUCCUGAAGCCGCAGAUGGAGCGGGUGCCAGACAUUUGCAGGACUGUGAAGUGAUCGGCUGGGCAGAGCUUUGUGAACGGAAAAGGCUGACGGCCGGGUCGUGCUUUCAACUUGAACCUACGGUGGCAGCUCCACUCUGCGAGCUGCAGGGGCCCGACGAAGCGCCCGCACAUUUGCGGCCAGCGGCUACGGGGAUUCUGACCUUGACAUCUGGGGAGCUACGCAUCACCGGGCAAAUUCAGAUGACUUCGCUCCGCCUGGCAGCCAAGACUGUGGACUUUGCAGAUGCUCACGUCGAAGCGUUGCAUGAAGUUCUAUCCGAUCCAAACGCCACCGCAUCCGGUGGCGCCUUUUUUAGCGAGGGGUCAUUCACUCUGACGAGGUCCCAUCUGACAGUGAUAGGCUCUGCAGCGGCAGAUGGUGGUGGCUUCGCAGCGGGAGACCUGAAUGUGCGCCAAGACUCUGAAGUCGUGAUCGAGAACGUUUCAGCCAAGUCUGGUGCUGGUUUCUUCGCCACGGGAAAUGUCUACAUUUCGGACAACUCAAUGAUCUUUAUUCAAAAUGCCAGAUCCACCAAAAACGGAGGUGGCUUCUCAACCAGAAAACGCCUGCGAGUGUCCAACAGCUCAGUUGUGAGCCUUAAGAACGUGACCGCUGGAAGUCAUGGAGGAGCUUUCACUGCCCUUGGAGAUGUUGAGAUAGCUGGCCACUCGACGGUCAACAUUUCCAACAGUCAAGCUGAAUCAGGAGAUGGAGGAGGUUUUGACACGGAAAAGGGCUUGAAAUUGUCCACCGGCUCAAGGCUCAUCAUUUGGAAUGCGACUGCUGGAAAUAAUGGAGGAGGUUUCAAUGCCUUUGGAGAGGUUGAGAUAGCUGGGAAUUCGACAGUCAAGAUUUCCAACAGUCGAGCUGAAGCCAAAAAUGGAGGAGGUUUUAACACUGGAAAGGGCUUGAAGGUGUCCACCGGCUCAAGGCUCAUCAUUCGGAAUGCUACUGGAAAUUAUGGAGGAGGUUUCAAUGCCUUUGGAGAGGUUGAGAUAGCCGGGAAUUCGACAGUCAAGAUUUCCAACAGUCGAGCUGAAGCAAAAAGUGGAGGAGGUUUCAACACUGGAAAGGGCUUGAAGGUGUCCACCGGCUCAAGGCUCAUCAUUUGGAAUGCGACUGCUGGAAAUAAUGGAGGAGGUUUCAAUGCCUUUGGAGAGGUUGAGAUAGCUGGGAAUUCGACAGUCAAGAUUUCCAACAGUCGAGCUGAAGCAAAAAGUGGAGGAGGUUUCAACACUGGAAAGGGCUUGAAGGUGUCCACAGGCUCAAGGCUCAUCAUUUGGAAUGUGACUGCUGGAAAUAAUGGAGGAGCUUUCACUGCCCUUGGAGAUGUUGAGAUAGCUGGCCACUCGACGGUCAACAUUUCCAACAGUCAAGCUGAAUCAGGAGAUGGAGGAGGUUUUGACACGGAAAAGGGCUUGAAAUUGUCCACCGGCUCAAGGCUCAUCAUUUGGAAUGCGACUGCUGGAAAUAAUGGAGGAGGUUUCAAUGCCUUUGGAGAGGUUGAGAUAGCUGGGAAUUCGACAGUCAAGAUUUCCAACAGUCGAGCUGAAGCCAAAAAUGGAGGAGGUUUUAACACUGGAAAGGGCUUGAAGGUGUCCACCGGCUCAAGGCUCAUCAUUCGGAAUGCUGCUGGAAAUUAUGGAGGAGGUUUCAAUGCCUUUGGAGAGGUUGAGAUAGCUGGGAAUUCGACGGUCAAGAUUUCCAACAGUCGAGCUGAAGCAAAAAAUGGAGGAGGUUUUGACGCUGAAAAGGGCUUGAAGGUGUCCAACGGCUCAAGGCUCAUCAUUCGGAAUGCGACUGCUGGAAAUUAUGGAGGAGGAUUCUUUGCCAAUGGCAAGACCUUGAUCAGCAGGUCCACCAUCAGCAUUCAAAAUGCCACGGCCCGGCAACUUGGUGGAGGGUUUUGUGCAUCUGAUGGAGUUGUCAUCGAUGAGAUGUCAAGCGUCAGCAUUUCCACUUCAAGAUCGAGAUUUGGCGGAGGCUUCCAUACGUCCAGACGCUUGCAGGUGACCAACAGCUCAGCUGUCAGCCUUCAGAACGUGAUUGCGCAAGGGUCUGGAGGAGGUUUCUUUGCCUUUGGAGAGGUUGAGAUAGCUGGGAAUUCGACAGUCAAGAUUUCCAACAGUCGAGCUGAAGCCAAAAAUGGAGGAGGUUUUAACACUGGAAAGGGCUUGAAGCUGUCCACCGGCUCAAGGCUCAUCAUUUGGAAUGCUGCUGGAAAUUAUGGAGGAGGUUUCAAUGCCCUUGGAGAAGUUGAGAUAGCUGGGAACUCAACGGUCAGGAUUUCCAACAGUCGAGCUGAAGCAAAAAAUGGAGGAGGUUUUGACGCUGAAAAGGGCUUGAAGGUGUCCAACGGCUCAAGGCUCAUCAUUCGGAAUGCGACUGCUGGAAAUUAUGGAGGAGGAUUCUUUGCCAAUGGCAAGACCUUGAUCAGCAGGUCCACCAUCAGCAUUCAAAAUGCCACGGCCCAGCAGUACGGUGGAGGGUUUUGUGCUGCAGGUGAGGAGGUUGUCAUCGAUGAGAUGUCAAGCGUCAGCAUUUCCAAUUCAAAAUCGGGAUGGGGCGACGGCGGAGGCUUCCAUACGAACAGACGCUUGCAGGUGACCAACAGCUCAUUUGUCAGCCUUCAGAACGUGACUGCGCAGAAGUAUGGAGGAGGUUUCAAUGCCAUUGUAGAGGUUGAGAUAGCCGGGAAUUCGACAGUCAAGAUUUCCAACAGUCGAGCUGAAGCAAAAAGUGGAGGAGGUUUCAACACUGGAAAGGGCUUGAAGGUGUCCACCGGCUCAAGGCUCAUCAUUUGGAAUGCGACUGCUAGAAAUCAUGGAGGAGGUUUCAAUGCCUAUGGAGAGGUUGAGAUAGCUGGGAAUUCGACAGUCAAGAUUUCCAACAGUCGAGCUGAAGCAAAAAGUGGAGGAGGUUUCAACACUGGAAAGGGCUUGAAGGUGUCCACCGGCUCAAGGCUCAUCAUUUGGAAUGCUGCUGGAAAUCAUGGAGGAGGUUUCAAUGCCUUUGGAGAGGUUGAGAUAGCUGGGAAUUCGACAGUCAAGAUUUCCAACAGUCGAGCUGAAGCAAAACAUGGAGGAGGUUUUAACGCUGAAAAGGGCUUGAAGGUGUCCACUGGGUCAAGGCUCAUCAUUCGGAAUGCAACUGCAGGAGUGUCUGGAGGUGGAUUCCUUGCCAAUGGCAAGACCUUGAUCAGCAGGUCCACCAUCAGCAUUCAAAAUGCCACGGCCCGGCAGUUUGGUGGAGGGUUUUGUGCAUCUGAUGGAGUUGUCAUCGAUGAGAUGUCAAGCGUCAGCAUUUCCAAUUCAAGAUCGAGAUGGGGCGGUGGCUUCUCAACCAGCAAACGCCUGCGAGUGGCCAACAGCUCAGCUGUCAGCCUUCAGAAUGUGACCGCUGGAAGUCAUGGAGGAGGUUUCCUUGCCUUUGGAGAGGUUGAGAUAGCUGGAAAUUCGACAAUCAACAUUUCCAACAGUCGCGCUGAAUCAGGAGAUGGAGGAGGUUUCAACACUGGAAAGGGCUUGAAGGUGUCCACCGGCUCAAGGCUCAUCAUUUGGAAUGCAACUGCUGGAGUGUCUGGAGGUGGAUUCUAUGCCAGGGGCAAGACCUUGAUCAGCAGGUCCACCGUCAGCAUUCAAAAUGCCACGGCCCGGCAACUUGGUGGAGGGUUCAGUGCUGAAGGAGUCGCAGUUAUCCAGGAUUCUACAGUGGCCUUGUUCAGCGCCCAUGCAUCAGCAGAUGGUGGUGCCUUUUCCGUGUUUGGUUUGACUUUGCGCAGAAGUUCAAUGUCCAUCGGCAACUCCACUGCAGCCGGAUCAGGCUCCGGAGGUCGUGCAGAUGGUCAAGUGCUGCUUUCAGCACAGUCUACUUUGGUGGUGAAACAUGCCCAAGGUCUCGACAAUUCCAGCGUGCUGGCAGCAAGCUGCCUCCACCUGCGUGACCAGUCACAAAUUCUGUUUGAAGAUGCCCUUGGUGGCCACGGGGUGGAGCUGCAAAAUAGUGGAUGCUCUGCCGUUUGCUCCAACAGCACGUUCCAUGUUGCAGAGGAUGCAGCCCUGAACGCCAGUGGUCGCUUGAGCUCCGGUCUUCUCUCCCUUGCAGCCUGCCCGAAGGAGCAGGUACGUCUGUCAGGCAUCCACCUGCACUCCUGGUCCAGCGCGUUGCUCAGCACCCGCCCAAGCUCCGUGGUGGUUGACCAAGUGAGUGUCGAGUACAAACCACCGGUCAACAAUUUGCAGGUCCUGGCAGCCAAGGACGGCUUCGAGAUCGACUCUUUGACGGUUUCCUGCCGGAACUGCGCCUGGGGCAUCACUUUCAAUGCCACAAAGGACAGUAGUCUCAAAGCCGUGAGCUCUGAACACCUCCGGUGCCCCAAGACAGCCACAGCGUCGAAAGGCUUGACGCCACGUUGCAAGUGUUCCAACUACCAGAUUGCAAAAGAGCGUUUCCGUGAUGUCGACGUGGUGCCAUUGGAACACAUUUUCCAGACGUGCACGUUCUGUGAGCCACACUUCCACUUUCAGAAUGACGAUUGUCAGAAAUGUGGAAUCUUCAAUGCCUGGUCUGACGGGAGGAAGGAUGUUUGCCAUGUUCUGCCACGCAAGAAGACAGAGCUUAUCACACUCUUGACUGGUGCAGCUGUCGUCGUCAUUUUGACCUUCUUUGCGUUCGAGAUUUUGCAUGCUCCCUUGAUGAUCACUGAUGCGAAGUCAGAUUUGGCAGACCCAACACAAGCUGAAAGCAAGAGAACUUUCACGCUUGCAGUGCAAGGGCCAAUUGUUGAUCUUCACAAAAGCCUGUCUCGAUUGGUGAACCAGCGGGUGCGUUAUCGGGCAAAGGGAACGGGGUUGAUAUGGCUAGAUUAUGACCAGAAGAAGUCCAACGCAAUCAAAGUGCGCAAUAUUGCACGCAGAAAGCUUUUGCUGCAAGACACAAAUGCACCAUUUGAUUGUGCUUCGUGCAAGGGAUCUUUGCACGCCACUGAUAUUUUUUACCUGCUCAGCCUGCUCACUGUAUGCAUAUUAGUUGGUGCACUGCUGCCUGCCAUCAUCAAGGUGGCAGUCACAUCCGGAAACGGAGUGGGCCACGUUUUCGUUACAGCAAUUUACGUGACCCUUCCUCUGGUCACUGCUGCUGCACUUCUGCAUUUCCCGGUCGCAUGGCUCAUCCAACGGCUAUAUCGUAGAACGUCAUUUUCGGAGGCUCUGGAUGAUUACCGGAAGCAGAUCAACUGCAAGCCAUUCACGGGGCCUGACGCAAUCCAUCCUCGCAACCAGGGAUUAGAAGCGCUGACUCUACGCAGGUUGUGGAAGCACUUCGAGAGCUUUAUUCUGGAGCGCAAUAUGCACUUUGUGGUUGCCAACAUAGUAACGCCCCUGACGCAAAGCAAGGGAGUUUCCUUUGUAACUCUUUGGGGUGGCAGGCGGGUGGAUUAUUUUGUGUCCCAUUCCUGGGGCACCAGCUUUCCGCACUUUGUGCAGUCUAUCCAGUGCCAUGCUCUGUCCAAAGAGGGCCCCACUUCUUGGAUCGAUGCAGCAUAUUGGAUCUGUUCGUUUGCAAACAACCAGUGGAACAUUGGAGCUGACUUGGGAAAUGAUCCCAUGGAGAGCGCCUUUGCACGGACCUUGACUGCGGGAAUCAAAGGAGUUGCAAUGGUAUUGGAUCAGGAAGUGCAACCUCUCACAAGAGUUUGGUGUCUGUUCGAAUUUCUCCUGUCCAGCCGUCAGCACUUGGAAUUGGUUUUUGUCACCAAUGCCGGCGUUGUGGGUGACGAUGGCUGCAGCUCCUUUGACAUUGCGUUGGAGGUGGGCAAUAAGAUAGAGUCUCUGCAAGUUGCCAACUGUGGGGCAUCUUCCGAGAAGGAUAA